AUGGCUCCACAAUUCCGCAGUUACGUCUGGGAUCCUGCUCUUAUUCUCUCACAGAUUGUGCAGCAGGCCAUUUACUACAGCUCCCUGGCUUGGUUGGCUCUGGUGGACAGCUUGGUUCAAAACAGCCCUUCCUUGACCAGUUUUAGUUAUGAGGUUUUGGGAUUUUCCACCUCACCCGGGAGACUUGCCAUGAUGGCUUUUAUCCUGAAUGCGCUUACUUGUGCCAUAGGCUUGCUAUAUUUCAUUCGACGAGGGAAGCAGUGUUUGGAUUUCACUGUCACAGUUCACUUUUUCCACCUGCUGGGCUGCUGGAUUUACAACACACACUUUCCAACUGCUCUAACGUGGUGGCUAGUACAUACUGUAUGCACGGCACUCAUGGCUGUAAUUGGGGAGUACCUCUGUAUGCGAACAGAACUGAAGGAAAUUCCAUUAAAUUCAGCUCCUAAAUCCAAUGUAUAGACUGUCAGAGGUACCUCCCCUCAUCAUCAGCUUUAGCAUCUUGGUGCUAAGAUGUUGUACAUGAGAAUGCAGGUGAAGAAACCCAGUAGGUCAGUUUGGACCUCUUAAAAACACUUGUUCGGAAGGCUGAGGUUCUAAUACUUCCAUGUGCACAAGAGUAUUAUUUUGACAAGAUACCUCUUGCCACUCAUGUAGGCUCAUCCAUUUUGCUCAAGCAAAGUCAGUGAUGGACAACAAAAAUAUAAUGAUAGAAGCAGAAAAUGGACUAUUCUUGUGAAUCUGUAUGGUGAAUACCGGGCUGUGAUUAUGAGAGCUGAGCUUUUCUGUAGCAUGGACACCACCUGGAUAGCAGGCUCCAAGCAGUCCACAAGAAAAACCUGAGAUUGCUUUCCUCCUGUACAUGUGAUUGACUUCCAACCAUCUUUUGAGUUGAAAAUCAAGGAGAUAAAACAGUGUAGGUGGAUAUGAUGCUGUAUUUCUUACUUGGCUGCUAUGAUGCUGGAAGGUAGCUAAACACAAAAAGAAAGUGAUCAUAUUUACUGGAUUGGAAACGAAAUCUUGGAAAUAAAAACAGCAACUUUUUAUUGGCGCAUUAUAAUUUACAUUGUUACAGGGUUACAUUGUUUAUAUCUGCAGCAGUGAAGGAAAAGGUGUCAGGAAUGUAAUUCAGGGAACCAUGUUAUUGAAACUUUGAGCCUCCCAGCUCUGAGAAGAUAAAGAGCACAUAGGACAAGUCACCCUGCCAGACUUGUUGAUCAUAUCAGACGCAGAGGGCUAGCUGUCUCUAAAUUGCAGAUAGAUUUAUAGCUUCAAGUGAACCCCUUGUGUACUACAAUGAAUGUAUUGCCAUGAAGAUUCAGGCCUUUCCUCUGAUCAUCUGAUUCUAAUAUUUAUAACCAAGGACAUGCUUUUUCCAGUGCAGGAUGGUGUGGGACAUUUGAAACAACUUUAGGAUUACUAACUAAACUGAACCACAUUCAAGAGAAUGUCACUUGGCAUCCAGUUUCAAUUGUCUUCUAUUAAGAGAUAUCUAAGUAACUGCUUCCUUUUUCAAGGGAAGGUUAAUCUUUAAUGCCCAGGUGUAUCUGUCAUUUUUAACAAUGACCUUUAUUUUCGUGUCUACCACUGAACCUUUUUCUUUGUAUGUGAAUAUCUGUGAAUGUCAUUAGUUUGUGUAAAUUAUAUGAGUAAGUUGAUGCUUGGUUUGUAAUGAAUAGAGGAAAAUUUUGCAAAUAGCUUUAUAAACCAUCUCUCCAAAUGCUCCUGUUGGAUUCCAUUGAUGUCAUACAUGAACUACAGCUGAUGGACUUUUGCAGGUAGACGCUCUUUUCAAAGACAGCAUAUUUUGUUCAUUAUCCUCAGGAAUGGUAUUGGGAAGAAGGCAGGGUUUUCUUGCUCAAUUAUUA